AUGGAAAAGAAGGAAAUCUGGGACAAAAUCCUUGAUGCCGAAAGAAUACAAAUCGAUAAACCCUGGCAUAAAGUCAUCAUUCACAAAAUCCCAAUUCAGGAAUUCUCAGGUCUGAAAGGUAUGGACCUAAUCAAAGAGGAAGUCAAUACCUUCAACCCAGGGCUCAGUAUCAUGGGUACUCCUUACUGGCUUACUAAUGCCUCCAAGAGAGCCAAACAACAAGACGGAGCAAUAGUCAUUGCAUUUGCUACACAAAAAGAAGCAGAUAUAACUAUCUAG